AUGGCUGCUCAUACCGAAAACGACAAACUACUUGUACACUGUUUCCAAGAAAGUCUAAGUGGAGCAUCUUUGAGAUGGUACAUGAGCUUAGAGCAGGGGCAGAUUCAAAGCUGGGAGGAUUUGGAUGACGCAUUUCUCCGUCAGUACAAAUAUAACUUAGAUAUGGCACCCGACCGAAUGCAGUUACAAGGGAUGACCAUGAAAGAAAAUGAGUCAUUUAAAGAAUACACCCAGCGAUGGAGAGAGUUCGCUGCUCAGGUAGAACCACCAUUCUCUGAAAAGGAAGUGACCGGAAUAUUUGUGGACACCUUGAAGGACCCAUUCUUUGAUAGAUUAGUGAGUAGUGCAGCGUCCGACUUUGCACAUCUAGUCACAAUUGGAGAUCGCAUAGAGAAGGGGUUGAGGGAUGGAAAGAUUCUAGGAGCUGUGGCGGCCCCUAGCGCACCGAAGAAGUAUUCUGGAGGCUUCCCGAAGAAAAGAGAAGGUGAAACGAACGCUAUAUCUAGAGGCUAUAAGGGGAAGCAACAGGCUUCAUAUAGCCAAGUCGCCGCCGUGGUACCCAUACCUUACCAACAACCAAUGCAGCAACAACAGGUGUAUCAACCACAACAUCAAUAA